AUGUUUACACUGGGCAGUCAACACAACCAGUCGUCUGAAUGGUUCCAACGUGGUGCUCGUGUUACUGAAACCUGUUACAAGGCCUACCACUCUUCAGAGAGCCAUCUUGGACCGGAGAAAAUGAUCUUCUCGGAUUACGAGAGACUCUCAUCUGGCGACAAAAAGUACUACCUUCGGCCGGAGACUGUUGAGUCCUAUUUCUACAUGUGGCGGUUCACGAAGGAUAAAAAAUAUCGGGACUGGGCUUGGGAAGCCGUAGAGGUGGGUGCAUUUGGAGUUUUCCUUUUGGUCGGUUGA